CGCGCGUCAAGGUGUACAUUCGAAUCAGAGCGUCUAGAUCUCAUUCUCGAAGAACUUUGCUUAAAGUCUUUAAGGUAUGUCGCUUUUAUGUUCUCUAAAUACUAUAAAAUGGUUAGUACUUUAUUCAUUCGAAGUCUCGUCAAACUCUACUGAAAAUGAAUCUGAAAUUUUGUAGUUUCUAUUUUCUGAAUGGGCGCUGGCUCUGGCCUCUGCCGCAUUGAACUACUCAUCAUAUUGCUCCGAAGUGUAAUUAAAAUCUCGAAGGUGUCCACACAGGUGUUAGUGUAUCAGUUAGGCCAAAACGCAGGAGAAAUACAGCUGGCAGUUGAACAAAGUAUUUGUUCAGAAUCACUAGUUUCCUAUUUUGUUUGUAAUUAGACUGAGACUUAUAUAUUUCCCAAUAUUUACUGAUCCUUCAGUGUAAAUAACUAUCCUUAACUAUCCUUUUUUCGCGGUCAGCGAACAAAUAUCGACAAAAGGCACAUUUCAUUUCUUCUAAGAAAAAUACAGCUCGAAAGAAAAGCGAGAAGUAGGCUAAAUUGUAAAAAAAACUGGCUAAUUAUUUCCAUCUCAUCUCAGUCACAACGGACAGAUCCUUUUGUUCCAUUAUACCUCAUUCAAUGAAAUGUGAUAAUAUAUUGAUAAGUGGCUGUGGUUUCCUCUAAGAGAGCUUCAAUUAUUAGGAUAUAUUUUAUUGGAAGAAUAAUCUGUGCGAUUAAACGGUGCAUUAGGGUUUGGGCAGCCGAUGCAAAAAGUGACAAAGUGAGUCCAUCCAUGAAAUGCAAACUUCUGUCGGUAGCCUGAAGAAAAUCGAAAUACAUCAUUUUUAUUCAUGCUUUUCAUGAUCAGGUACGCGUAACAUGCAACAAAGAGUGGACUGAUGUGAUUGAGCUGGGUGGAAAAAAUUCUUGAUCCGCAUUCUUCUUCGUGGCCGACUUCCUCCGUUUCCUUGCACGCGUGAUAUUAUAAUUAAGAUCUGAGGCCAAAUACUCUUAUUUUACGGUGAUGACCGCUUUCCCAACGCCAGGAAAACAUCUUGCGGGAUAUCAAAUUAAAGAUAACUGAAAUGCUUCAGUGCUUGUAAUCUAGGCCCGAAUAAUAAUAUUGUGAUAAGAAUCGGAAAUGAGUUUCUAUUAUUACUCCAUUGCAAGACACCAUUUCCCAACUAUGCCUUAAAAUAUCUUUGUAUUCUUCUUCACUUGUAGUGACACUGUCUUGAAACACCCUUUUUCUCUCUGAGAAAACGUAGAAGAUAAAUCAAGCUUGAUUUGGCGCUCGAGUGAUCGGAGUGGCGCUAGAACUUCCAACCGCGUAGGCGCUAGGAAAGGCGGGGUAGUAACUCGACUAUUUUGAAAGAAAGAGAAAUUAAUGUAACCUGAUCCAAAAGCUCAUGCAGAAAGGUUUCCUAGCUCCAGAUGAGAUUCGAACUCAUCACGGAACCUCCGAGUUCUAUCGGACGUUCUAACCACAGUAUACUGGAGACUCGCAAGCAGAAUCCGAAUGGUCGCUGUUGCUUAUCCCUUUAAGCUUUAAGAGUGAUCAGCAUCAAAUUUCUCCUUGUAAUAUCAAUGCUUUGUAAAACAGAGUGGUCAUGAGAAUUACGGACAUGAUCACACAAGAUGAAUUUGCUUGAUAUUUUAUCAACUUCUCCCCACUACUUCUGUAGGAAAUGAAUAGGGGCAACAAAUGAGAAUUCAAAUUUUGAUCUUAGGGGUUUUAAGGGUUAACAAUUAUCUCUAUCACUUAUUUUAAGAGAUUAUAAAUGUUAAUAAACGAAUUAAAAGCAUGCAGUAGAGAAGUAUUACAGACUUUGAAAAGAAAGCGUCCUACUUCAUGAAAAAAGCCAACCGUACAAAACAGUAACAUACAAAAGUUGUGACGGUCUACGUUAGGCAUUUCACAGCAUUGAGAGGUUGAGUGUUAGGUUUUUUUAACAUUUACAAAAAGGUUUCCGGAAAAUACGGUUGGAAAGUAAAUGGAACACGACUUUUUGGGUCGUUCCAGCCGAAAAUGUUCGGGGGCAACAGAACAUUUUAUGAAAGGUAGAAGCAUUUUUCCGGACGGAAUAUUCCAAAUGGAAAUUCGUAUUCCAUUUUAGAUACCAGCUACAGACUUUCGCGGUCGUUUCGGUAAAUGGAACUGAUUUGUAUUGUAUUUGUAUUUGUAUUUGUAUUUGUAUUUGUAUUUGUAUUUGUAUUUUUACUCCAUCCUAUAGAUAACACAUUAGUUGAACAAUAUUAAUUAGUACAAGGUUGAUUAAACUACGUGUACAUAAUAAUAAUCAAAAAAAAAGUUAGAAUGGAGAAGGGCACAUUAUAGUAAGACUAAUUAUGGCCCUUUAACAAGAUUGCAUGACCACAUUCUAUUAUAGCUUUGUUAUUCAUUAAAACACAAACACGCACACAAGUCAAUAUUGAGCAAGAUAAUAUUUUUUAAGUGCCUUUUUGAACAGGAUUUUCGAUGAUUUAUUGCGAAUAGAAAGGGGGAUAUCGUUCCAAUAUUAUUUUCUAAUAACGGUAGGGCAAAACUUUCGAAUAUUAAUUUUUGAGUGGGGUAUGUGUAAUUACUGAGCAGAUGCACUUCGUGUAAAAUAAUUAUGUAGCUCAGAUACAAGAAAUAAUGGAAAAUUACACGGCUUAUUAUCAGAGACAUAAUCAUAUAAAAACAAACAAUUAUAAAUUUUAACAAUGUCACGAAAUUUUAAUAAACCUAGAUGAACAUAAUGAGGAGUGAUAUGAUCUCGUAAAGGAACGUCAUUCAUUAUUCUAACUGAUUUAUUUUGUAGACGUAGGAGCUGUGAUAAUGGUUAUCAUAAUUAUUUCCCCACAAUAAGCAACCAUAUAUGAGAUAUGGGUAAACAAGAGAAUAGUAAAUACUUGUUAAACAUUGAUUUCCUCGAUAACUUUUUAUCUUUGUCAUAAUAUGAAUACUCUUACUGACUUUAUCAAAAACAUAGUCGAUACGGUCAUGCCAGGAUAGGUGGCUGUCAAUAUAGAUACCUAAGUAUUUAAUUUUGGAUACUUGCUCUCUCUGAUUUGUGUAAAUGGUAAACGCGAUUAGUAUAGGUAAUAUCAUGAUUUGUAGUGAUAUUUGGAAUAAAUACCACGAGUGAUAUUUCAAAAUUGUUAUACGUAAUUUCACGAGCCGUUAGGCGAGUGAAAUUUGAGACAAUUUUGAAAUAUCAUAAGUGGUAUUUAUGCCAAAUAUCACGUACAAAUCAUGCUAUUAUUUGUUUAUACUACUACCCGCAAAAGGUUUGUAAUUUUCACAUGUAGGUAUUUCAAAUUAAGCUGAAAUACCACUGCUCUGAGCCAAUCAAAUUGCAGAAAUUUCUCAUGUAGUAGUAUAACGGGAUGAAAUUUACCAGUCCUGAAUUUUGAUUACCAUUUUCCCAAACCGUGGACCGACCGGUUUGUCCAUGUAAAUGAUAACCAAUCUUAAUCUUGAUCUUAACUGGCACCACGACCAGUUGGCCACAGCUAAACAGUUUUCCUAAACACGUACGUUCACUGAAUUCCUUUUCUUAUUAAUCCCUGUCAUUUUGCUUCACAUUAAAGACUGAGACGAUGGCCACUUCUGUGCCCGUAGAGUUAAGGAAGAGGUUGACUUGUGCUGUUUGCAUGGAACAGUUUAAGGAACCAAAGGUUCUGCCAUGUCUUCACACUUACUGUAAAAAAUGCCUGGAAAAGCUGGUGAAAAAACAAGGAUCUGACCAGGUGAUAACUUGCCCUGAGUGCAGGCAGGAUGUGAAAGUAAGUUUCAAAUGAACUUCAAUGAACUUCAAUCUGUAAAAACAACUUUUUAUUUCUAGUGGAAAAUUGCAUGAUUGUUUCCAUACAUGGUUACUAUUAAGCCGCACGUUAAUUACAGUGCUACCAACGGUUAGUUGCUUCACAAAAAAUGUAAUGACUGUCUUUUGAAUGAUAGGGUCUGUUUAGGUUAAAUUUGUUUGUUUGUUUGUUUUUUUUUUUUAUCAGGUGUUCUUUUUUUGUUGACUUGUUUGACAAGCUCUGUUUCAAUUAGACUCAUUUUACUGAUAUUCAGGCUGUCAAAUGUAAACUGCAGACGGUUAUCAGUCAUAUACCGUCUUGACUUCGCUCACUAUAAGGCAGCAUGGAUAGACUGAUUAAAAACAUUCCCACGUGUAACCACUCCCUCAAAUUCCCAGUACAAUGAAUAGCCCCCCUUCCUUCAGAAACCUCCAAAACUCCUUAGUCCCUUCCAAAAACUCGACCUCGCAUCCUAGAGACCCAGCCUAGUCCCUAGACGUUUUUGGCUCGGUCAAUCCUGGACUCUACUGUGAGCUGCAAGAGAGAACGCCUGGGGACUAGGCUGCUAGUAUCCUAAAUAAUGACCACUCCCUUACUUGCUAUUAAUCAUCACGAGUGUUUGUAUGUUGGCUUAAAUUAUAUGAUGAUUAGAAGUCAAGACAUUUCCUGUUUUUUGCUUUUAGAUCGACGAUGGAAACGUCGGAAGUCUGCAAUCAAAUUUCUGGGUGAACAAUUUCAUGACCUUAUUGAGCAUUCAAAAACGCGUCACAUCAACUGGAAAGCCCUUGGUCUGUGAGCACUGCAACAGUGGUGACUCAGCUGUUUCACGUUGUACCAAUUGCAAAGUUUUCAUGUGUGAGUAUUGUGUAACAGCGCAUAAAAGAAUCAAUGCAUUUCUUGGCCAUCAGAUUUUGUCACUAGCUGAAGUAAAAAAGCUUGGAUCAAAGGCCCUUGCCAAGCCAGCCUUUUGUACAAAGCAUACUGAUGAGGUAUUGAAACUCUAUUGCGAUACCUGCCAGAAAACCAUCUGCCGUGACUGCACCAUUGUUGAUCAUCGAGAUCACAAGUACAACUUUGUAGUAGAUGUUGCUGAAAGAGAAAGAAAAGCUGUUGAAGCCGUUCUUCAAGAAACCAAAGCAAAGGAUGUUGCCGUUGAAGAAGGAUUGGAAACAGUGAAAGCCAUGGAAACUCGCGUUCAAGCAAAGAUUACCAGGGUGAGCAAAGAUGUAGAUGUGUUUUUUGAUGAGCAGGUAAAGGCAUUAGAGGAAAUGCGGGCAAACUUAAAGCUUGAAGUGAAAACACAAGGCCAAGCCAAGCUUAAGGCACUUUGCAACCAAGAGGAAAUGCUCGCAUUAUCACUCGCACAGCUACGGAAUAGUAUUGAUUUUGCUGAAAAAGCUCUAAAAGAUGGAAAUGACUUAGAAAUCUUGUCCAUCAAGCAACAACUCAUUCAACGUCUUGCUCAGCUCAAUGCAUCACAAUUCCAUUGCAAACCCUGCAACAGUGACUAUCUUAAGCUCAAGAUGAACAAAAAAAUAACGGACAUCGGAAAAAUGAUGACGCUAGCUCAUGCACCCAUGACGGGCUUUGCUCACCAAAAAAAAAUAUGCAAAUUAGGCUAA